AUGUCCAGCGGCGUUGAAGUCCCCGGAAGCCAACGACGACCCGGCAUCUGGUCCUACUUCAGUUUCCCUGGCCCGCGCCGCCGUGUAUCUGUCACCCUGCCGCGCAACUUUGAUCCCAAUCGCGAGGCCGACCCCUUUGAGAAACCGGACAGACAUUCGCGACACCGCUCGACGAACUCAAACGGCUUCAUGGGGGAUUACAAAGGCAGCAACAUCAUGAACCAGGGGCAGCGAUUGCGCUACCUCAAGACGGGCGGUGUGAUCGCCUUCAUACUGCUCGUUUUGUACUUUAUUGCGCCGAGCGACAGACUUUCAAGAGGCGGCUCAGGAUCCUUUUCAAAAGGAGGCAACACGGCUUCUGGCGACGCAAAAGCACAAUGCACCAAGUCGUAUUCCAAGGAGAAGCCGCUCAUCCAAUAUGCCCUCAUGAUCGACGCAGGCAGCACCGGCUCCCGUAUCCACGUGUACAAGUUCAACAACUGUGGCCCCAGCCCCGAGCUUGAGAACGAGGUCUUUGAACAAACAGCGAAGAAGGAGGGCAAGGGUGGCUCCGGUCUCUCGUCCUACGAUGGCGACGCAGAGGGCGCGGCAAAGAGUCUUGACGUCCUCAUGGACGUUGCGCUCAAGGAGGUCCCAGCAGAAUAUCAAGGCUGCACACCCGUCGCCGUCAAGGCCACUGCAGGUCUCCGCAAACUUGGCCCAGAGAAGAGCGACGCCACCCUUGCUGCUGUCCGUCGCCGCCUCGAAACCGUAUACCCAUUCCCCGUCGUCUCAGAGGAGAAGAGUGGCGUGGAAGUCAUGCCUGGCGAGAUGGAAGGUGUCUACGCCUGGAUCACCGUCAACUACCUCCUCGGUCACAUUGGCGGACCAGACAAGACUCCUACUGCCGCCGUCCUCGACCUCGGUGGCGGUUCUACCCAGAUCAUCUUCCAGCCAACCUUCCCGGACGUCCCCCGCGGCGGUCUCCCCAACAAGCUCGCAGAGGGCGACCACAAGUACUCAUUGAACUUUGGCGGCCGCGACUUCGACCUCUACCAGCACUCCUACCUCGGGUACGGCCUCAUGGAAGCCCGCAACAACCUGCACGCCACACUCCUCGACUCAAAGUACCAGGCGCACAAGGAUGAGGGCAACACAAACUUCCUCAAGGAACCCAUCGUGAACCCCUGCAUUGCACCAGGCAUGUCUCGCGAAGUCGCCGUCGCCAUGCCUGCAGCCCACCCCCUUGGCGACAAAGUCACUGUCAACAUGACCGGCCCCGCCGUCACCGCGCCCACCCAAUGCCGGUACUGGGCCGAGAAAUCUCUGCACAAAGACGACGAGUGUAAGAUUGCCCCUUGCGCUUUCCGUGGCGUCUACCAGCCUCCUUUCGAGCAGACCUUUGCCCGCGAGGAAGUCUACCUGCUAUCCUACUUCUACGAUCGCACAAUGGAACUCGGCAUGCCUGAAUCCUUUACCCUCCGCGAACUGCAGGAUCUGGCAAACAGGGUCUGCGCGGGUGAGUCUGGCUGGGAUGUUUUCGGCGCUGUGCCCAAGGCGAUGGAUGAGCUCAAGGGACGGCCUGAGUGGUGUCUUGAUCUCAACUUCCAGUACACACUGCUGAGGUCUGGGUAUGGUAUGCCGAUUGAUCGCGAGGUCAAGAUUGCGAAGAAGAUUCAGAAUAGGGAGCUGGGGUGGUGUUUGGGAGCUAGUCUUCCGCUGCUUGAGGCUAACUCGGGCUGGACUUGCAAGAUCAAGCAGGUCCAGUAG